GUUUUGACAGAAAGCUGUGACCAACCAACCACGUGAUGAUGUAUACAACGUACGUUCGUGUUGUAAUGUGUGUGUUUCAGUGUACGAUGAAAUUCGUUUUGCGAAGUGAAAUGGUUGUAUUUAUUUUCACGUUGAUUAACUUUUGUUCGUUGCUUACACUUGCUAGGGCCGAUGAAAUGGACAAAUUUGACAGUAGUCGAUGUACCCUUCUGCUACAGGAUUUUGCGAGACUUACGUCAAAUUUUACGUUUUGUGCUAUAAAUUAUUCGCGGCCUAUAACAUUGUGCGAGACAUGCAUUAAAGAGUAUUUGCAAGUAAUAGAUGCCCACACUAAGAUACUGGAGAUGAAAGAUGAACAUGGUGAAGAAUGCAAAACGAAGCUGAUCAAUCAAGACCGCUUGGAAGUUAUAUAUAGUGCAUACCACUAUGUUUCCAACCUAUGGUCAGAUGCAAGUUGUGAUAGUUGUUUCGUGAAACUGAGCAAUGGCAGCCUUACCCAAGAACUGUCAAACACCACAGUUGAAUUUCAGCGUCUCCACGAUAAAACACACAAAUGUUUUCUAGAUCAUUAUUUUGUGGCAAAUAAAACAUUUGACAAAAAUGUAUGUGCAGACUGUGAAAAGUCGUAUUGUGAGAUGAAUGAUUACUAUGAUCGUCUCAAGAAAGAACAGGAAAUGGGAGUCUGUGUGGAUAUUGUUGAUACAAUGAACAGAACACGUUCCUUCUGGAGUGGAAGACUGGGUUGUGAUAGAAAGAAUCAUUCAGUUGAUGUGUAUCUGGUGUGUCUGUUUACACUUAUGGCAAUAAUACCUGUAAUAUUUUACACAUCUUUGCGGUCUCUGGUUAGGAAGACAGAACACAAACUACUUGUUCAGAAGCGGUUGGCAGAGCAUCUAAGCAGGCCAUCAACAAGUACAGCUGCUACCUGAUGAUACAAUGACAUAAUCUAAUGUUAAUGUACCAAAGAUUGUUGUUACUUUUAUAAUAGCUGUUAUGUUCAUAUUUGAAGCUGUGAUUUCAUUCUUUGUACAUUAUCUUCUAAGGUUACAUGGCCAAAAAAAUUGUGAUAUGUUUCAGUUUUACAGUAUUUAUUUAGGUGUGAUAUUUUUCAUAUUAUAAUAGAACAGGAGUCUCGUAGCAAAAUACUAGAUUCAUAUAUGUAUGUUUAUUUAUUUUUAGGUUAAGUAGCCAUAUUAAAAAAUUGCUGCAAACAUGACUAAAUGUGCAAACUACUGUUAUUGGUUAAGUUUCAUGACCUGUACUCAUUUCCUGUCUUUAUGGGAGACAAGAAAAUGUGCAUGUGAAUGAGAACUAAAACAUUGAGUGACAAAUGAUAAAUGGCAGAAGACUGGCUGGAAUGUACAGUGAACAGUUAAGAAAGAAAUGAAAAGUUGUGACAGCACUGAUUGCUUAAUUUGCUGUGUUUGAAGCAACAAAAGGAAAAAGUUUCAGUGAAAUUGAGGUAAUUAAAGACAGAGCAUUAGCUCAGCUGGUAAAGUACGAGGACGGAAAUAUCUAAUGUGAGUUCAGUGCCUUAACCAUUGUGCAACAUAGUUCAGCCCCAGUUGCCAGCAGGUGUGAAUAUUCAAAGAAAAUUUGAAUAUAUCUGGGGUCUGAAUCACAAUGCAAACUAAUUAAUUGCACAAUUAUUACUGAAUUUUGAAGUUAGCCAGCCAGUUGAAGACAAUGUGUAAUGUACUUACACACAACUGAAUAUUAAAUUUUAUAUUGUUUCUAUGCUAGAGUUUUAUAUUUGAGCCACUUGAUGAUGGUACAAAUCUGCUGGUAUUUGAACUAAUUAGAUGGCAGGGAGGAACCUUGCAUCAAAUAACACAGGAAUAAACAUUAAAUUAUUGCUGUAAGUGACAGUGUUUGGGUACAUCUACGACAAAUGGGUCACACAAUAAUCAGUGUCAUAAGUGCAGUAGAAUGAAUGUACCUAAAAUGCUUCUUACAACCCUCCCCUUACCUGUUCUUCAUAUCCCAGUCAUGAAACUUGUAAGUGCACUAAUGUUUUUACGUUUGCAAGUUUAGUAAUUUUUUACACUUCUCUUUGUUACCUGUUACCAAUCAUGUUAUGUAUGUUGGGUGUUUUUGUAGUUAUUCCAUGUUAACAAAGUAAACUCAUUGUAACAAUGGAAAAUCCAGGAUGAAAUAAUGAUAUUAUUAUGAAAAGGAUAUUUUUACACUUCUCUUUGUUACCUGUUACCAAUCAUGUUAUGUAUGUUGGGUGUUUUUGUAGUUAUUCCAUGUGAACAAAGUAAACUCAUUGUAACAAUGGAAAAUCCAGGAUGAAAUAAUGAUAUUAUUAUGAAAAGGAUAGUUUUCUACUCACAAUAAACCGGAGAUGCUAAGUUGCGGAUAGGCACAACUGAAAGUGUGUCAAAAAAGUAAGAGUUGGCAGAAAGUGUCCUUUCUUUGGCAGUCUGUUUGUUGUCCCUAUCUGUGACUCACCAUCUUUACUAUAUAGUGAGUAGCAAUCUGUUGUGUUCAUAAUAUUAUCAUUCAACUCAUUGUAAACUGCAUGCCUCUUCUAGGAAUGUGUGUCUCACUACUUUCCAUGAUGUAGUUUAUGUUACAACCAAAAUCCAUAGCAGUAUAGCUUGAUUUUUGAAACAUUAAAUAUUCUGCCAUAUAUAUUUCCGGCUUGUCUUUCUGAUAUCUUUCCCUCAGAGCCACUGUCCUCAAGGCAACAUAAUCUGGAAACGACCACGUUUUGUUGUGAUUGAUUGCUGUAAAACCCUUCUGCAAGUGCUCUGGUACCUUAUUGAUGUGAGGUGGAUAUUUUCUUCAUCUGUAGUUAUGAUUAUAUUUCCUUCUUCCAUACCAACUCUAUAAAAAUAUGAAUUUUCUGUAUGAAAAUGUGUAUAGAAUAGCUCUGUUAUGGACAUCUUGCACACUUUGCUACCCAAAAGUGGCUUCCGUAGUUUGUCAUCCAGUAGUUUGAGCCAAUGAAAAAAGAUUGAGAUCCCGGCAGAAGCCUGUAUGUGACACCGUGGCAACCAGAGAAUCUGACCUAUCUUCAGGAUCAAGUGCUUUAUCAUAGGAAUGGUGCUUGGACAUGUCAUUGGACUGACUGUCUCUUGUCACUUGUGAUCCAGACAUCUGUCAGCGCAUAGCUGGCAAUGUUUGGGGCAUAUGUCAUAAGAGAGAGGAGGAGGGGGGGGGGGGGGGCUGUUAAUAUCAGUAUAAGCUUAUUCAUUGACAAAUCAAAGAGUGGAAGGAGAAUAUUAUCAGAAAUGAUAAUAAGUGAUGACAACUAUAGCGUACCUUCACUCAUACUUGCUAUGCUCUUAAAUAACACUUAAUCUGCCAGCACGUAGCUGUUGGUGAGAGGAGUACUUGCUACUUUAUUCAGAUGACAACAAACUUAGUAACUGCAAUUUCUCCAUGUGGAAUAUGGAUUCAGAAUAAGUUAUUUUACAGUCAUUGUUCACAUAGAGGUCCUUUACACAAUGGUGCCAUGCUUCAGCUAAAGGAAUCCCCUUUUCCCCUCUUUAAUCACAUGUGGGAGAUUGGAGUCUUCUCUGAUUCUUAAAGGUAUGUGUUACUAACUAUCGUAGUGUUCCCUUACUAGACUUAUACCUUCGGCUGGAUGGUGAAUUGCUGUCUCGUGUGGGAUUUGAAUCCAAACACCUUCUUGCUUCUAGAGCAGAUCCAGGUGAUAUAAAUUCCACUGUUAAUAAUCUCAUUCUGCAGGAGAUUACUGCACAGCAGGCUUGCACAGACAAAACAGCACUACUUAGAAGUAUCUUCCAAUACUGAAAUAGCCAAUAAUACUACUUGAAGGUAUUUCAUCUGUGAUAUCUUCAUAUAACGUUAUCAGUGUGGUUUCGAGUUCACUGUCUGUUCCAAGCAUUUAGAACAGUGUUCCUAGGGAGAGUGUCUUGCCUUUGCUGUUGUCAUCAGUAGCGUAAUAGACAUAUUUAGGAGACCACUACAUUGUUCAGAAUAUAUCAGUUGUUUUCACAUAUAUUUUGCUUUUUUUUCCAGUCUCUAAACAGCAACACAUGAGCUACUAGUCAAUAUCCUGAGUCUGGAGAAGUGGGCACUAUGCUAUGGUUUUGGGUUGGUUUAUCAACAGAAAAACAUUAGUCUAGAUAUUCAGUUUUAACGGCGUAAAUAGUGUUUAGGUAUUCAGUUUUAAUGGCGUAAGUAGAAACCAGUGGCAUUACAAAUAAGGAACAGCUUUCUUAGUACUAAAAUUUCAUUGAAAUUUCUCCUGUGUAGCACACCUCAGGGAUCUUUAAGGUCUGCAAGGAACUAAAUAUUCUUCAGUGCUUUAAUCACAAUUCAAAGAAUACCUGUUUCAGUUUUAUAAAACAUGUAUGCAAUCCCAAUCCAGUUAUAGCUGCUGGUUAUAUAAAUCAGUGGGACUGCACAUACUGAGAUACCUAACACUAUACACCAUGACAGGAUUUGCCUGGCUGUAGACUCCUACAGAACCAGUCCCGUAACCAGUCACUGCUGAAAUAAGUGGUCCACUACGAUCUGUUUGGCAGCAACCCCUAAUAAUGCAUGACUAUCCCACCCUGUGGCUACUCAUCUCACUGUGCAAAUGGUUUUCACAAAUCAUGUGUGAGCAAACCAUUUGGGUUCUCCAUAUUCAUCAUCAUCAUCAUCAUCAUCGUCUUCUUCUUCUUCUUCUUCUUCUUCUUCUUCAGUUUCCCAUCAGUGUCUGCGUAGGCUUCUUUAUCUGCAGUGGUCUUCCCACCACCUCUGUGCUAUUGCUCUGGCUCAGACCAGCGCAUAUGCAUACUUUCUUCCACCCCAUUUAAGCACUUGUCCCUUGACCUUCCCAAUGGUCUCUAAUUCUCUUCUUCAACUGGUGCAUCUUUCUAGGCUUCAUAGUUUUAUCCAUUCUCUGAAAGUACCCAAACAUUGGUGAUGGCAGUAACAGUAACUAAUGUAGCACACAAAGUAAAUUACUCUGCACUGAAAACAAUUCAAAUGCAAGCAAUAUGCCUCAUUUUCUGAUUGUUAUUUUUAAGUUUUUGUUCAAAUUGUGAGACUGUAGAGCUGCAGGUGGCUUUAAGCUACACUACUUAAAUUUGCCCUAAACAUUACAGAUAGAAAUUGAGCAACAACAGACUUAAUAAAUGAAUUAAUUACAGAAAAUCAUAAUAUUCAUGAGAGAGAGGAGGGGGUGGUGUGUUAAUAUCAGGAUUAGCUUCUUCAUUGACAAAUCAAAGAGUGGAAGGAGAAUAUUAUCAGAAAUGAUAAUAAGUGAUGACAACUAUAGCGUACCUUCCCUCUUACUUGCUAUGCUGUUAAAUAACACUUCAUCAUCAUCAAUUUAACAUACACUUCUGGAUGGAGGCUCCUGCUAGGCUUUUUCAAGCAAUGCAGUCUUCAGUUAAAAGCAUUUCUGGUGCUUCUUCACAUUUUAAAAUGGCAUCUUACCCAUCUUUUGUUCAGUUGUCAUCGCAGUCCUCUCUUAGCUGUUGGAUUGCAGCAAAGAACUUCAGUGGUCCAUCUAUCAUUCAUGUGUAUGGCUACAUGAACUGCCCAUUCACAUUCAGUUUUCAUUACAGUCAUGAUUGCCUUCAUUUCCAGUCUGAUUUCUGACCAUUUGUUUUCCUGUCUGGUCUGAACAUGCAUCUCUCCCUUGCUUGCUGAGCGAUCCUUGGUUCUUUAAUGACUUUUUCAUUCGAAUUUCUUGUCUCAGCUGCCACAAUUCAAACCAGUAACACACAAACACCAGGCACAAAUUGAGACUCACAUAGCAUGUGUGGCACAGCUUCCAUUUUUGUAACUCAGCAGGUCCAAGUGCAACUGUCCAAAUUGGGAUGUGGCGCAUGGCGACGUGACAUAUGCCUGCGCCAGGUCGUGUGGCGGCAUGUUUGAGGCACAACUCCUCACACCAUGCGAGCAUUAUGGGAGGGGUGAGGUGGGGGUGGAAAAGUUGUCCUGGCAUGUCCUCCGUCAGGCUAUCCACACAUGGCCAGUGGUAGUGUUGGGCGUCUGAAAAAUAUUGCCUUAUCACUGAACAUUAUUGUCAUUGAGUGAUGUUUCAUUUUUUUCAUUAGUCCAUUAUAUUUUUCAGUUAUUUAUACCUAUAUAGUUUUGCUGUUUCAUUUCAUUAUUGUUUCUUUUGUCAUGAACCAUUCACAGUUCAUUGACUGGUGAACCAUUAGCCACUGGGAUUAUAUCUUCUGUUUCCACAAUGUUUUCAAAUUGCAAGAAGGGACAGACAAUUCAUCACGAGGGUAAUGAAGUAGGAAGUAAUAAUAUAAAAUCAUGUGACCAAAAAGCAAGACCAGAAAUUCUAAAUGUUAUACUGUGAGACUAGGGUGUGUAUGUGCUGCCUGUGCUAACAUAUCUGUACAAUCCAUUACAAAAAUUUGAAAAGUAGAAAUUCCCGUAGAUGUAUCUGCUAUCCACUCCUGGUAAAAAGUGUCCAAUAUCUGAAGUAUAUGAGUUUCACUUUGAUUACUUGGAUAUGAAUGUGAUAAGGGACUUCAUACUGCAUGCAUGCAGACAUCACAUUUUCGCUGUAAUCUAGACAUUCCCCCUGAAUGACAUUUUUAACUGGCGCAUAGUUUAGAGAAAAAGCAUUUCAGUGGUUGUGUACACGGUAUCAUCAUCGAUUAACUAGUUACACAAAAGGCUACACGAAUGACGAAUGCAAUUGGCUUUAUUUCGAAAGUAUGGUUGACCUGGAAGAGUCUGAUGAUAUGAUAUAUAUUUAAUUUACUGAAAUGUGGUGGUGACAAGACAGUCCUACUUUCAUGACAGCGUUUUUUUUUUUUAACAACGUGAACUCUUCCCCACACAAGGCCCACCUGGCUAGUUUCCAUAUUCCUGUCACACGCAUUGUUCUCAGCUGCUGACAGUACACUGACCAUUGUGUUGUUUUCUUUUCUCAAUAACUAUCCUAUUCACGAAUCACACAUUGUCAUUGUGGCCAGCUGUAGGCAAGUAACCAUUGUCUGACAUGGGCGUGUCACUCUGCCUUAAUGGUAUGCUCAUCGUCAUUUUAAUACUGGCCAGAUGAGAAACAGGAAUAAAACCCUUUGGCAAAUUUCCAUUCCAGUCAUUUCAUUGUUAAAAAUAAAAUGGGUUAUGAGGAUUCAACCAAAAUUGCAACAGAAUUGACAAUUUAUUUUUGUGUGAAUUAAUAAGCUUUCUUCAUUCUAAGAAGCAUCGCCAUUUAUGAUUAACAGCUACAUUUCUCUUGGUGACAGGUUUCAUUGUACUCCUCUUGGCAAAACACAGUAUAAUUUGCACAAACUCACUUUGCAGUAGCUAUUUAGACAAAAUUCUGAAACGGCAAUUAGUGAUGAGAGAAAUCAAUAGCUUACAGAAACCUUCAUUGUGUCAGUUUGCAGUAACAUAAGAGAAAUUUCGUGCUAGGAAAUUCUCCGCUUCACUAGUUAGUGAUGACACUUAAAAAAUUAUAGUCGCAGAAGUGAAAAAAUAAAUAAAAUAAAAACUAUAACUUCUUAUAUAUCACCAUAGAUAAAGUAGGUGUUAACAAUUUCACAAAAUGCUCUCCUCCUUUGGUGCUACAAUUCAACCAAAUUUCAUUUCAAUAUGAGGAGUGUUAUGAAUAUUAUAUUCUCAUAGCUUUGCAAUCUGGAGUGAACUCGCUAUGUCCAAUCCUUUUUCUCAAGAUUGUAGGCCGAUAGUGGCCUCAUCCCAAGUCUAAAGAAAAAUUCAGUUUGUUAGCUAAAUUUCACUUGCAACAUCGUAUAGUGUAACGUGCACCAAAUGCAGGAUCAUAAUGACCACUAUUUUUCCUUGCAAACUUUUCAGAAUUUUUGUGCAGUGUCUUACCUAAAUGGGUGCAUCGUAAUAUGUAGUGAGAUGAUGGGCACUUCACCAUGAAGCUGACAUAUAUCACUACAGAUAAAACAAAAAUCAAAUAUUUUUACUGAAUAGUUUUCGUAAAAUACUUUGAGAUAGAUUACAGAGUGAGGGCUCUUAAAUUUCGUUGGCGCAGAGCUUCAUCAACCUGUGCAUGCAAAGAUUGUGUACACAUCUCAAUAUGCACAGGACCAGUGCAACACAUGAGGAAUGUGCGAGUCGCACUGUAGUGUCGUGUCGCAUCACACAUGCUAAACAUGUCUCGAUUUGCUCUCAGCGUUAUGGUAAAGUUUCCUUUUCUGGCACAACUGAAACUUAGUUUCAAAACCUUAUUUAUGUUACUAUAAUUGAUCUAUUUAUUUCUAUUUCUGUCCAUCCAGCUAUCUUCAGCUGCCCUCAGCACAAAAACUGAAUAAGAAAAACUGACUUCACUACUGACUUCCAUAAUCUUUUUUUGGUGCAUUUGUUGUAUGUUGUACAGCAAUUGUAAUUUGAAUCGUAGCUUGCAUUGUUUGCAGUUUAGAUUUUGUUCAUGUUCUUAGUAUCCAUUUCUCUAGCAGAAACAGUAUUUAUUGGUUUUGUCUUUUACUUCACAAGUGCAGUACUUGUAGAACUUUUCGAUCGUCUUUUUUCUUCUGGAAAAGAAAAUUUUAUUUUUUCUCAUAGAAGCUCAGCAGUCUUAAUCAGUUAGUGCAGAUUUCUGAUUUUAUUUCUGUCUGUAGUUUUCAGUUGCUUUAUACAGUUUAGGAAAUACUUGCAUUUGAUGUUCUUAGUAGUUUGGAUUUAUAGUAAUAUAGCCUGAGGAAAAAGAAAAAUGUUUGUCUAAGGAGGCUGAGAUGAAGACUCUUUGUGAAUAGUGUGAUUUAAGUUUUGCACUUACUUCUUUCUUUUUAGUAAUUAAUAAAGUCAGUACUAGAUUUAAGAGAGAAUUUUUUAGUGAGUUUAAUUUUAAGUGUGGAUUAAUGUAUUGGAACUCUUAACUGAUUAAAGAAACAUUACAGUAAUUAAAUUUUAUAUUUGUGACAAAUUUCGACAAAUUGUACUUUCAGUAAAAUGUUUUGGUGGGUAGUGCUUCAUAAACAAUUGGUAUGACAUUUUUGAAUGAAGCUGUAAUAAGAUCCAUGUAUUUUAAAUUAGAAGAAAAUGUUAUGAACACAGCUGACCUAUGAAGUGAGGCAUACAAGAACACAGAGUAUACAUAGAGUGUAAAACAACAAAUGUUGUAUGACUUUAAAUAAUUGCUACUAGAAAUAAGAGAAGUGUGAUUUUUUAAGAGAGACAUAAAGAGUAUUGUACAAAGAUUUUAUGUUUAUAAUAGUUUGAAAUGUAUAAACAUUGUUAUACAGUUGCAGUGAUAUGCCAUCAGUUAUUAAUCACACGCUCUAAAAAGGCUCUUAGCACAGCGGCUAACUGGUGUAGCUGUACAUAUAGAAAUAGUAAGAUCAUACUUCAAUUUAGAUUGAUAUUCACUUGUGUGCGCUUGCUACCAACUGUAGCUUUCAAUACUGUGUGCAAAGAAUAUGUCAAUACAUUUAAACUGUUUCAAACUCUGUUACACAUAAUAUGUAAAAUAAAGAAAGGCAACCACUGACCUUUAGCUGAUUGAUGCAUGGCGAAUAGAAACAUGUAACAGAAAACAUUAUUUACAUUAGCUUUUGAGCUCUUGCUCUUUCUGUACUAAAAGUACACACACACACACACACACACACACACACACACACACACACACACACACACAUUGUAGUCAUGGUGCGACUCCCACUGUGUCCAUGGUGUGUGUGUUUUUUUGUGUUUGAUUGUGUUUGUGUGUGUUAUUUUACCAGAGAAGAAGCUAGAUCUUGAAAGCUAGAGUAAAUACUGUUUUCUAUUACAUUUUCUAUGCGCUAUAAGUGAGUGGUUACUUUUCCUUUGUUUUGUGUGUUACCCAUUCAGGAACUUCCAUUCCUGUUACAUAUAUUAUGCCUGCUUUCAUUUAUGAUCACUUUGACACACUGCUUACUCGUGCUGACUGGAUUGUUCACUUAAAUGAAAAAGCUUUUGAUACCUACUGAGGCCAUUUGACUUCAAACAAUGCAGCCACUCCAGUCAGCCGCUGAACCAAGAGUCUUAAUAGUGUGAACAGUUUGUAUGAGAUAUCUCUGUUUAGUAAGUGAGCAAGUUCCUCAGUUAAAUUUUCUUGCAUAAUUUUGUAAAGAAUAUUAAAGUUUAUUGAUAUCUUUUGCUAUUGUUGUUGGUUUAGAGUUUGAAUAGACAACAUAUACAUUUCUGCUGUAUUUAUUAAAUGCAAAAGAGAUACCACUUAUUUAAAGUUGUUCCCUAAUUGUUAAUAAAUUAAUGAAAUUUA